CUUUCGUACCGCUCCGAUUCAAACUUUCACCAUGGCUGACCAAUUGACCGAAGAACAGAUUGCUGAAUUCAAGGAGGCCUUCAGUCUCUUUGAUAAGGACGGAGAUGGUACCAUCACAACCAAGGAACUUGGUACCGUCAUGCGGUCUUUGGGACAGAACCCCACGGAAGCUGAGCUUAUGGACAUGAUCCAGGAGAUCGACGCCGAUGGCAGUGGAACUAUUGACUUCCCGGAAUUCCUUACAAUGAUGGCGCGUAAGAUGAAGGAUACCGAUUCCGAAGAAGAAAUCCUAGAGGCUUUCAAGGUCUUUGACAAGGACGGCAACGGUUUCAUCUCCGCUGCUGAGCUUCGUCACAUCAUGACCAACCUCGGUGAAAAACUCACCGACGAGGAGGUCGAUGAAAUGAUUCGUGAAGCCGAUAUCGAUGGCGACGGUCAGAUCAACUACGAAGAGUUCGUCAAGAUGAUGAUGUCCAAGUAAACACUCACAAUCAGACAACGUCCUGUUUAUGGUAGUAUACAUCAUCCCUCUUAUUCGGCGCAUUGACAUUGCCACCGUCGCGAAGCCUUUAACGUCUAGUAGUGCCGUAAUUGCAAAGCACUAGUCGGGGUUCCUGGG